AUGUCCGUCAACAAAUUUGUCGUUGUCGCUCAAUACGGUCACCCAAAGCUUCCUGGCAACAAACACUGGGCCCUCAUCCUCAUGGACGCCAACGACAAAAUGUCUCCUGGUGUUGCAUACGAAGUCACUGGCUCCACCGAUACUUACACGCUCAAGAAGCCUGAGACUGUCACUCCUGGCAAGGCCAGCUCCUUUAUGGGAAUGAUUGCUGUGGGCAUGGUUCCCGUUCACCAAAUGGACAACAUCGACAAUAUUCUUCGCAACACCCCGGUUAAGACUGGAGAUAAGACCUGGCACUGUCAACACUGGGUUAUGGCUGCUCUGUAUAAUCUCCGAGUUGCUGGUUUUGCCAUCACUCCUGUUGAUCGUGAGCAAUUGCUCGCUCAAUUCAAGGCUAUGGAGACUGUUUAG